GCGCUCGCGGGAGGCUGCCCUGCGGAACGCCAGGAGCCAGCGCAAGGAGGAGAUCUACUCCUUCCGCCCGGAGGGCGUGCAGCCCGCACCGGCGCUGGUGCAGCGCAUGGCCAAGUCACAUCGGGCUCUUCGCGAAAUGCGAGACUUGGUCGCAGCCAGCGAGCCUUCAGAUCCCAGGCUAA